GGGUAUUUUUUGGAAUCCUUUACGUACAUAUACUCAAGAUUAUAUUGGUAAUGCUCCAAAAGAAGCUGCAUACAACUAAUUAGAAAAUUCUAGUCCGAACACUUUUGAAAACCAGGUUGAAUAUAAAAUGGGUGCUGUCGAAGAGCCGGACUCAACGUUUAUUGGUCGACUGAAUGACUUUUUCAUAGCUGGCGAGAACACUGAUGCCAUUGGCAAUUUUUUUAGUCAGAAACGCGAAAGUCUGAUGAAAAUACUCGAGGAUGAAUUCACUACAGACUCACAGCUCGGCUUGGAGGCUUACGCGAUGUACCAAGAGUACAGCCGAAUCAUCGAGGAGAUUACCAAAGCAUUUAUGAAGAGUGAAUCCAUUCAGGGUCGAUCGCUGACGGAUGAGGAGGUGGCGAAGCUCAUCCUGGAGUUGGUUGAGAAUCCCACCGCGUCAUUGGAGCAUUUGUGUGUGGAUUACAUUGCCGGGCAGCUCGAUUUUAAGAGGUUCUUGGAUUUGGCAGCCGAUAUGUGCAGCCUCCUCAGCGCAGAGUGGGAGGAGGAGGACGAAGAGCAUGAGGAGGAAUAUGAGGAAGAGUAUAAGGAGGCCGACACAGUAUGAUGCUUUUGCGCGUGUGAUGAGGGAGAAGAACUUCGGGGCGAAAAAAAAAGGGAUGCAAAUGGAGGCGGUGCUCUUCCACAAGUGAUUUUGUGUAAUGAAUCUUUGAGGUUGCAAAUGUAUGUAAAAGGACAUUUGGAAAAUAAUAUAUCGACUAUAUACGAGCUCAGGCAACGGAUUAGCCACGCGCAAGGAAAGGGGACCUCUACUUUACUUUCGCCUAGUCUCCUUCUUUCUUAUUCGUUCAAAAUGAUAGGGUUGUGUAGCUUAUCAGUUGCUUUCAAAGCAAUUUCAUCGCCCUCUAUUCUCUAUCAGGAAUCACCAAAAGGUCGUGUUAAAAGUGAAUAUGGCUAUAGUCAAUAUUACAUGGAAUUUCUCAUGAGUCUGAUGACAAAAAUGCACCUUUUUCUCAUAGUGGCAGUAGAAGCCCUACGUAUAGAAUACUUGAAUGGAAUCUCGUAAAGUUACUGUCUGAGAGGAUGACGAAGGGCAGAUCUAGGAUGUGAUCACCUACAUGUUCUCUUAAGACAAUCCUUUCUGUUCCUGAUGCCAUGCGUUGUAAUUUUUUUCUUCAUGAUUAUUGUUAUCACCAUUUUUUACAUUUCACCCCUUUGGUGGCGAGUGGCAUUUCUUUUCCAUAAGAUGUAGUGCUCCGUGGAAAGUCGCAAUAGCAUGGUGGUUGAAAGGGAAGACAAUGGAAUGAGUUGCCCGUUAGAUCCAUGUCGAGAGGCGAAGUCGUUCAGAAUGGACUUGCUCUUUGUUCUAUGUAUCGCUCCAAUCUUGAAUUAGCCUCAAAUGAUGCAGACAAUUAGCAUGCAUGUAAGGCAACAAAAACAAUAAAAGAUGCAAGUGAAUGAUAACAGUCUUUGGUGGAGCAUUUGUUAUCUAAAACCCCCUAAACCUAUCUUCUUCCUCAUUGUAUGUAUCGGAUGUGUUUUUCGGACGGGUAUCGAGUGAUGCAAUACAAUUGCUUUCAGAAAGGGGUAAAGUUAGCCUCAACAUGAGCUGACGCGCUGCUAAACUACACACCAGAGGAGAUCCCCCAUCGAGAAAGCAAAGGAUGGAAAUGAGCAAAGUCUUCUGAAGCUUAAUUCCAAUUGUUUAGAUUUUAGUAAUAUCGUCCGAUAAUUGCAGACUAUCAACUCAUCCUCCUUUUCCAUUCUGUUUACACAAUACGUAUAUUAUAUUUUCAGUCCUAUGUAACGUACUUUAUGCAUCUUCGUAUGCAUAUUAUUUAUUUAAUGUCAUAUAAUUGCAACCCUCUCUGCGCGUAAGUACAUCCCGUGCGUGUAGCUGGACAUAAUGCACAUUAAUAAAUAAAUGAGAUGUGUGAAGCAUGAUUCGAAGGCCUACGAGUGGUGUCAUAUAGAUGAACUUAUCGCUUUACUGUUUUCUCACCUUUUUUCUCCAUUGUUGAAACCUUCUCACCGUUAUAUGUUUGCCUUUUGCGUUUCAUUCCAACGCAAAGGGGACAAAGCAAGUGAUCCUGCAUCAGUCUUCGGUGUCCAUCUCACCGUACAUUGACAGAGUUCUUUAUCGAUUCCUUUUUCUUGCGACUUCUCAGAUGGAUAUACGAAUCAAAGGCCUCCACGCGGUUGCCCAAUGGUGCUGGGAUUGCAAAGGAGAUACCUGCGGGAUUUGCCGUCGCCCUUUCGAGGCCCCCUGCCCAUGCUGCAACUUUCCUGGUGAAAAUUGCCCCCUUCAAACGGGGCGCUGCAACCACACGUUUCACCUGCAUUGCAUCGAAAAGUGCACUUCCGCGGAGGAGAAUAUGGCCUGCCCGAUGUGCCGCCAGCCGUGGGAUUGAACAGAGCGUAGUAUGGAGAAGGGAUAUACAAAGAGAGAGGAAGGGGUGAUAUCCUUAUAGAUACAACACGUUUGAGUUCAUUGUGGGUGGAAGAACUCUAUGGAAAUCUAGAUCACGUA